AUGGGUAUAGAAUUUCAGAGAAGCAUUAUCGUAAAACCUCAAGAAAGUUUAAAAUCAGAAUUUCAAAGAAAUAUAGAAUUUCACGAUAGUGUGAAUAUAGAAUUUUAUGAUAGUACAGAUAUAAAAUUUUAUAAUAUUAUGGAUGUAGAUUCUCAAAGAAGUAUAGAUCUAGAACCUGAGUUAGAAGAGCUAGUUCAUAUUAAUGUUAGCAAUAUAUUUAUUUCAUGGGAUAUGGCUAAAAUAUAA